AGCUGCUGUUGUGGCUCCUGUGGUUGGAGUAACUCAAAGCAAAAAUGGCAAAUCUAAGGGUGAAAAUAAGUCCAUGUCUUCUGCUAUCAAAGCUUUGUGCGAUGUUACUUUGUAUCCAGAUUCAUGUUACAAUAGCAUGUCUCCUCUUGUGAAGUCUGACAAUUUCAAGCCCGAAGACAUCUACAAAUUGUCGGUCCAAGUCGCGAUAAACGAGCUUUCUAUGGUCUCGAAAGAUUUCUUUGACGAUGGAAUCAAGAAAUUCAACAUCACAGAUAAAAUGACAGUUGCUGCCUUGGAAAGUUGCCAAGAUUUGAUUUCUCUUGCGUUGGAUCAUCUUAAUAAAUCACUGUCCAUAGAAGACAUGAAAUUGUUCGAGGCGUUUGAAGAUCUCAGGACGUGGUUGAGUUCUGCGGGUACUUAUCAGCAGACAUGCAUAGAUGGCCUUGAAAACGCUUCAAAUGGAUUGAGCAGUAUUAUGGUUCAAAACCUGAGUUCCACUGAAUAUACCAGCAAUAGUGGGGCCAUCAUUAGCUCGAUUGAAGAGUCUAUUGGUUCAUUGGGUGGGAUUGGAAGGCGUCGUUUGAUGAGUUUCAGCGGCAGUGAAGAGCCAAAUUGGUUGUCGUUUAAGGACCGGAAACUUCUACAAGCUCCGAAUUCAAAGAUUAAGGCAGAUGCCGUGGUGGCAAAAGAUGACUCUGGAAAAUACAAGACUAUUUCAGCUGCCCUCGAGGCUGUGCCGGAGAAGAGUAAAAAGAGAUUUGUCAUCUAUGUGAAGAAGGGACUUUAUGUCGAAAAUGUUAGGGUCGAGAAGACAAAAUGGAACGUUAUGAUCCUUGGCGAUGGAAGGGAUGAAACCAUUGUUUCUGGCAGCCUCAAUUUUGUUGAUGGAACUCCCACAUUUCAAUCUGCAACAUUUGCUGUGUUUGGACAAGGAUUUAUAGCUCGAGACAUGGGAUUCCACAAUACUGCUGGAGCUGCCAAGCAUCAGGCAGUGGCCUUGAUGUCGACUGCUGAUCUUUCUGUCUUCUACCGAUGCAACAUGGACGCAUUCCAAGAUACUCUCUACUCACAUUCCAAUCGCCAAUUCUACCGUGAAUGCAACAUAUAUGGUACGGUCGAUUUCAUCUUCGGGAAUGCAGCAGUUGUGAUCCAGAACUGCAACAUUCUCCCCAAGAAGCCCAUGCCUGGCCAACAGAACACCAUCACCGCACAAGGCAAGAUCGAUCCAAAUCAGAACACUGGAAUUUCGAUUCAAAACUGCACCAUUUUGCCCGCUGGCAAUCUCACUGGAGUCAACACUUUCUUGGGGAGGCCUUGGAAAAAUUACUCCACAACUGUUUACAUGCAAAGCAUGAUGGGAAGUUUCAUUGAUCCGAAGGGGUGGUUGCCAUGGGUGGGCACGAGUGCACCGGACACCAUAUUCUAUGCUGAAUUCCAGAACUUUGGCCCUGGAGCUGUGACCAAAAAUCGGGUCAAUUGGAAAGGAUUGAACCUUAAUAUUACUGCAAAGCAGGCCAAAAAGUUUACUGUUGACUCAUUCAUACAUGGGCAGAAAUGGCUUCCUGAUGCAGGUGUUAGCUUCAAAUCUGGUCUUUGAAUCUGCGACACUUGAAAGUUUUUGAAGUCCUUCAUGUUCACAUUUGUUUGAUUUGUUUUAACCGUUCUGCUGUUUCUUCAUGUUUUGCUUUUUCACUAAAUUUUAA